AUGGAACCUCCAAAUGUGUCCUCAGUCACUGAAUUUCAGCUGCUGGGAUUCCAGAACCUUCUUGAGUGGCAAUCCCUGCUCUUUGCCAUUUUCCUGUUCAUCUACUUUCUUACAGUGACAGGGAAUGUUGUCAUUAUAGCAGUGGUGAGCCAUGACCAGCGGCUACACUCACCUAUGUACAUAUUCCUUAAGCACCUCUCCUUUCUGGAGAUCUGGUAUACAUCCACCAUUGUGCCCCUUCUCCUCACCAAUCUGCUUUCCUGGGGUCAGGCCAUCUCUUUCCCUGCCUGUAUGACGCAGCUCUACUUCUUUGUAUUUUUUGGUGCUACUGAGUGUUUCCUUCUGGCCAUGAUGGCCUAUGAUCGAUACCUGGCCAUUUGCAGCCCACUCCAUUACUCUUUCCUGAUGAGCCCUGAGAUCUGCAACUGGUUGGUGGCAAUCUCUUGGUUAACAGGGGUUGGCACAGGAUUUCUGCCCUGCAUGAUGAUUUCCAAGUUAGAUUUCUGUGGGCCCAACCAAAUCAAUCACUUCUUCUGUGAUCUCCCACCUCUCAUACAACUCUCAUGUUCCAGUGUUUACAUCACAGAGAUGGUCAUCUUUAUUCUAUCAAUUGCUGUGCUAUGCAUUUGCUUUUUUCUUACACUCGUGUCCUAUAUUUUCAUUGUGUCCUCCAUAUUAAGAAUUCCUUCUGCCUCUGGCCGGAUGAAGACCUUUUCUACAUGUGGCUCCCAUCUGGCUGUUGUCACUAUCUACUAUGGGACCAUGAUCUCUAUGUAUGUCCGCCCCAGUGCUCACCUGUCACCUGAAAUCAACAAGAUUAUCUCUGUCUUCUACACUGUUGUCACACCACUGCUAAACCCUGUUAUCUAUAGCCUGAGAAACAAAGAUUUCAAAGAGGCUGUUAGGAAAGUCAUGAAGAGGAAGUGUGGCAUCUAUGGAGUAAAAGUGAAGGGAAGUGUCUUCAUUAGGUAA